AGAUAUCGGAGGAGGCAAUCAGUAUGUUAACGUCACAGACCUUACUGGAGAGUCCGCGUCCAUCCAAUUUACUCCACACAUGACAGUCGAUCAUUUGAAGUAAUUGAUACAACAGAAGCUUAAACACGAAAGAGGAAAACAAAAACUGUUAUACCAGGGAAAAGAGAUGAAUGUUACGGGACCAAACGGUGGAUAUACUACAUUGUCGGAUCAUGGGGUCAAACCAAACAGUACAAUUUGUUUAGUAAUUUGUUUGUUCAGUAUACCGGAAAACUUCGAUGACGUUGUGUUUGAUUUAUACAGGGGCUUCCCAUACCAUAAACGGGAUUAUCUUGAAGCAUCUUGUCUGAUUUUUAAUAGAACUGCAUUUCAAAGGGUUGUCGACUACGGCCACAACACUGCAACUGCCGUACGCCAUUCUGGUGAUAUAAUGGACAAUGCCCAUCGAACAGGACACCAUACCAUCAGUGUGUCCUUGAAGAAUAUUCCUUCUAACGUCACACAUUUGUUUUUUACCCUGAGCGCAUGGAAUUCUCCAAAUAUUGCGCAGUAUCCAAAUCCCAGCUUCAAAUUUUAUGACGCCUCAAAACCGGGGAAAGAUCUUUGCAAGACAACGUUUCAUCAUGCUAGAAACUCACAAGCAGUUGUGAUGUGCUCUAUUUCUAGGAAUUCGCAAGGGAGAUGGGAAAUGUUCGAGUCGGGACAGAUUUCGGCAGGAAAUGCAAAAAACUAUACUUCACUUGUUUCUACAAUCCAACAGCUUAUAUCUAGAGGAGUUUAAAACAUGCGUCAGUAAAUAAAACAUAGCGUUUUAGUAUAAAUAGUUUGUACGAUAUAUGUUGAUAUGCCAACCGUAUUCGGUAUGGUGUUUACAUUUUUCUCUGAUGACAUAAGAGAAUGAUACACACAAUACGCAAGAAGAACAGGUUUAUGUCGUUUAUUGUAAAUAAAGUAGAUAAUCAGA